CGACAGUGGGCGGCGUUGCUUUCCUGCGGCCCGAGGAGGCCCGAGGAGGCCCGAGGAGGCCCGAGGAGGCCCGAGGAGGCCCGAGGAGGCCCGAGGAGGCCCGACGAGGCCCGACGAGGCCCGACGAGGCCCGACGACAGCCGGCCAUGGCCAGUACCGUGGUAGCAGUUGGCCUGACAAUUGCUGCUGCUGGAUUUGCAGGCCGAUAUGCAUUGCAAGCAGUGAAGCAGAUGGAGCCUCAAGUGAAACAAGCUCUUAAGGGUCUGCCAAAAUCCGCAUUUAGUAGUGGCUAUUACCGAGGUGGUUUUGAACCCAAAAUGACGAAACGGGAAGCAGCGUUAAUAUUAGGAAUAAGUCCUACAGCCAAUAAAGGAAAGAUUAGAGAUGCUCACCGGCGAAUCAUGCUCUUGAAUCACCCGGACAAAGGAGGAUCUCCUUAUGUGGCUGCCAAAAUCAAUGAAGCUAAAGAUUUACUAGAAGGUCAAGCUAAGAAGUGAAAGACUUGAAACUGAAAUUUAUAUAUAAAUUAGUUUAUGUACAUGAACAUUAAUUUUUUAUAAUAAAUGACCUAAUAAAA